AUGAGAGAAAAAAUAACAAUAGUUAAAGAUAGUAUUGAAUGGUAUUUUAAAGUAUUUAUCUGUCAAACAAAAAUAGAAGGAAUUAUUAAUUCAAUUGAAUAUAAUGAAUUUAGAAAAUUUAUUAUUGAAGGAAUAAAAAAGAGAAUAGAUAUUAUUCAAAAUAAUGAAGAAGAAUUAAUAUUUAUAAAUUGUUUAAAUGUUAUAGUAUUAAAUAUUUAUUCUUCAAAUAUAAAUGCAAUGAUUCAAAGAACAUUAGUUGAUACUAUUAAAAUAUUUACUAUUGGUAAAUUAGAACGUUUACAAAAUUGUUCAGUUGAUAAAAAACAAAGCACAAGAAUAAUGAUUCAAGUUUUAUUAUAUUGUUGGUUAUGUUAUAAUAGUAAAAAUGAAAAAGAAUGGAAAAUAUUACAAGGAACAAUUAAAGAAUAUUAUAAUAUUCCUGGAGUAGUUGAUGGUAUUUCUGAUAUUAUUGGACAUAUUUUAUUCUUUCUUUUAUUAGUUUAUUAUAAAUUUGAACCUAAUCAACUUGUUAUUUCUGAACAAGCAUUACUAUCUCCUGUAGUUGAAAUUCCUAAUAAACAACCAAUAGAUAAACAUACAUCAAUACCAAUACAAUAUGAAUACCUUUAUUCAAAUCUUGAAGUACCAAAAUCUAUUCCGUUUCUUUAUAGUUUAACUAAUAAAUGGAAUCAAAUAGAUUUUAUUUAUUUUUAUCAAUUAAUGAUUAAAUUUUUCACUCAAAUAAAUGUAAACGAACUUUCUCUUUGUGUAAUAAGAAAUAUUCAUAUUGUUAUAAUUAGUUCAUUACUUAUUUUGAUUCAAUAUGAAAAUAUUUCUCAAUCUAAUUCUUCAUCAAAUGAACUUAAUUUAAAAAUGAUAUAUACUGAUUAUUUAUUAUCUUCUUUAAAAAGUAAUGAUUCUUUAAUUAAUAAUUUAACUAUUAGAGGAUUUUAUCAAUUAUAUUCUAAAGGAAAAAUUACUUCUAAGAUUGGAUAUAAUAUUAUCGAUUAUUCAUUAGAAUCUUUAAACCAAACACAAUUAUUUAAUGCGUUAGAAAAUCUUACAGAAGUAUUUUCUUCAAUGAAUGCAUCAAGUUUUAUAUUAAUUCCAACAAUUCUUAAAUCAAUUCAAAAGUUAGAAAAAUUACCAAAUAUUAAUACCCUUCCUGAAUAUGAUAAUACCUUUAUUCCAUAUGAUAAAAGAUUAGAAUACCCUACAUUAAAUUGUGGAUUGAAAGUUAUUACUUUAUUACAUUCUAUUCAAUCUUUAAAAGACUUUGGUGAAACUGCUUUAGAAAUUAAACAAAAAAAGGAAAUUCAAACAGAAAUUAGUUUCACUAAACCAGCACAUAAAAUUUAUAUUGAAUUAGUUAAAUGCUAUAAACAUUUAAUUAACAUUUUAGUAUCAACGUUUUGUCACACAUCUAUAGUUUGGGGAAUUACAAAAUGUAUUAUAGAAAUCGGUGAAUAUAUUAAAAUAAGUUCUGAUGAAAAUGAUAGAGAAUUAACUAAAUCUACUUUAGAAGAAUUAAUUGACCUUAUUAUUGGUGAUUUCCAAGACUUAGAAUGUAGUAAAGUUAAAAACAUAGAAAUGUGUAUUAAUUAUUUGGCUAAAAUGAAUGAAAAAUUACCUAAUGAAACUAUUGAAUAUAUUAUAGAUACACUAUGUAAAUUAACAUAUACAACAAAGGAAAAAAGUCAACGAGGAAGUAUCGUAAAUGGGAUAGGAAGUUUUUGGUUAAAUUGUCGAAACCUUAUUGAAAGAAUUAGUGAGACAACAGUCAAAGAAUGUUUUAUUAUAUUUCAAAAAAAUAAUAAUAGUAAUAGUGUUAAUGAUGGUAGUGAUGAUACGAUAGAUGAUAUUUUUGAAGGGAAAGUAAUUAUUGAGAAUCUUAUGCAUUCGGUACAUGAUUUUGAGAGUGGAGAAGAUUAUAUAAAAGAUGAAGAAAAUGGAAUUAAUUUUGUAAUGAAUGAAAGAAAUGGAAAGAAAUGGAAAAAGAAAAGAAAGAAAACAAAAUUGAACUUAUUUCACCUCGCCAAUGCUUAA